AGGAAGGCUUUGAAAAUGGGCAGCACAAAGGCAUUCAACGACAUAUCCCUCUCCCUUAAUCUUACUAAGAGAAUUCUUCCCUGGACUCUCUAUACACUUCUUCCCAUAACUCUGCUUUGUAUAUGCUUCUACCAUCUCACCCUUACCCCAUCUCCACCAACACAACUACCACAUUCCACCCCCUUCACCACCUACCACUCUUCUUCUUCUUCUUCUGCAGAAAAGGACGAAUCUUAUGAGAACCACCCAUGUGAUUACUCUAAUGGUGAAUGGGUUCGUGACAUUAGAGGUCCUUUAUACAAUGUUACCACAUGUGGUACGAUCAAAGAAAGUGAGAAAUGUAUCCCCAAUGGAAGGCCUGACUCAGGUUAUCUAUACUGGAGAUGGAAACCAAGUGAGUGUAAUCUUCCAAGGUUUGAACCUCAUUCUUUUCUCCAACUCAUUAAGAACAGGCAUGUAGCUUUUGUUGGUGACUCUUUGGCCAGGAACCAAUUAGAGUCCCUUAUUUGCUUGUUAACCACUGUUUCAACCCCUGACCUUGUCUACCUAAAUGCCAAUGAUAAUAAAUUCCGUCGGUGGCACUUCCCUUCUCACAAUGCAAAUUUCUCUUUGUAUUGGUCCCCAUUUCUUGUGCAAGGUAUUGAAAGAUCAGAUGAAGGGCAAUAUUAUAAUACAAUGUAUUUGGAUCAUGCUAAUGAGAGGUGGGCUAGGGAUAUGGAUCAAAUGGACUUGAUUGUGGUGUCAUUUGGGCAUUGGUUUUUGCUUCCUUCAGUUUACUAUGAGGGUGGUUCAGUUUUAGGUAGCCUAAAUUGUCAUGAUCUUAAUCAUACUCAGAUUGAUUUUUAUGUUCCAUUGAGAAAGGCUUUAAGGACUACCCUUAAUAGCAUAAUUGAGAGGAAGGUAGCUAAAGGAAAUGGAAUUGAUGUAAUUGUGAAAACAUUUUCACCUGCUCAUUUCGAAGGUGAUUGGGAUAAGGCUGGUACUUGUUCAAAGACUGAGCCUUAUAGAGAAAGGGAGAAGCAACUUGGUGGAAUGGAUGCUGCCAUAAGACAGAUUGAGAUAGAAGAAGUGGAAAAUGCUAAGGCAAAAGCCAAUGAAUUUAAGGGGUUUAGAUUUGAGGCACUGGAUGUGACCAAAUUGGCCUUAUUGAGACCAGACGGCCAUCCUGGUCCUUACAUGAAUCCUUUUCCAUUUGCUAAUGGGGUUCCUGAGCGUGUGCAGAAUGAUUGUGUUCAUUGGUGCUUACCAGGGCCUAUAGACACAUGGAAUGAGAUUUUUUUGGAGAUGAUCAAGAAGUGGGAGGAACAGCCAAGGAGAGAAGAGUGAGGUAUUCCUACUGUAUAUUGUUAGUUUAUUACACUUUAAUCUUUCCACCAUGCAGAUGAUGCAUAUUGCAUUAGAAAAGAGCUAUUUUUUUUAUUUUUGUGAUAAAGAGAAAGUUUAAUUGAG